CUUCUCAUUAAAACGGAUAAGUUUGCCACAAACAAAUUGUUUCCCAAUUUUUGAGCUCUUUGAGAAUGGAAUUUGUCCAUAAUUUUUGGUAGAAGUAUCAAAAUCAGAGCGAUGGAGGCUAUUUUCAAUCGGGGUCUCCUCAGACAUUCAUUGGAGAAUAGUUACUACGAUGGCAGCUGUUUCCGUGAACUUAUUCCAAAAACAACUUGAAAUUGGCUCUGAGGUUGCAUAAAUUAGGGUCAAAAUUAAACAUUUCUAGGUUCAUCAAGGCCGAAGUUUUUGUUUUCCGUUUGAUGUUUGCUGCGCAACCCCAUUCUGUUGUGCUGUUCCAGGUGAAGGAGAUAUUGUCCCAUUACCCUUCCAACUACAAGCAGUCUGCUGUAAUUCCUCUAUUAGAUCUUGCCCAACAACAGCAUGGAGGGUGGCUGCCUGUCGCAGCAAUGAAUGCAGUAGCUAAGGUAAUAGAAGUUGCUCCUAUUCGCGUAUAUGAAGUCGCCACAUUUUAUUCCAUGUUUAAUCGCACAAAGGUUGGUAAAUAUCACUUAUUGGUGUGUGGGACAACACCUUGUAUGAUACGCGGUUCACGUGACAUUGAGGAAGUCCUACUAAAACACCUUGGAGUGAAGCGCAAUGAAGUAACAAAGGAUGGCAUGUUUUCUGUUGGAGAAAUGGAAUGCAUGGGUUGCUGUGUAAAUGCUCCAAUGAUAACAGUUGCAGACUAUUCUAAAGGCUCAGAAGGCUACACAUACAAUUACUAUGAGGAUGUCACUCCCAAGCGAGUUGUUGAGAUGGUCGAGAUGUUGCGGAGGGGAGAAGCUCCACCUGUUGGCACGCAAAAUCCGGAGCGCAUAAGAAGCGGUCCUGCUGGAGGCAACACCAGUUUGCUGAGGGAGCCAAAGCCACCACCAUGCAGAGAUCUUGAUGCCUGUUAAUUCUUCAUCCUUCUUUUUCCAGCAGAGAUGAAUCAAUCAAUACAUGUUCCUUCUUUUUCCAGCAGAGGAACACAGCAGGGUUCCAACAUACAAUAUGGAAGGUGGGCAACAAUCUGGCACUUCAUUAUUAACCCAACAUUUUUUUUUUUUUUUUUUUCCCCCAGUCAUUCAAGUAUCGUAACAUGUAUUAUGGGGCAUGUGUAAGGGGCAAGCGCUUGAAAAAAAUUCAAGACCUACACAGAUUAUAUUAUUGAAUCCAUUCUGCAGUUUGAUAUUCCUGUAUUUUAUUGUUAGCAGACAUUUGCUUGGAAAUUAUGGAUAAGAUAACUUUCUUGAUGA